CCCCGAGAAACUUCAAGUGACGUUAAUACGGAAAUGUGUCGCAUGUGUUUGAAGGGUCUCCUUCAUUGAACAUUCUUUCAUUUGUUUUGCGGUUUGUUACGUUAAACGUGGUCUUUCUCUGUUCCGCGCCUCCGGUUCUAAUCAGACGCAGUGAUGACAGAGAAAGGCGGUUUUCCCGCAGCUCGGACGGUGCUGCAGCAGUGUCUGCAGGCCAGACUGCAGGUGAAGCCCGCUGAUGAGCAGUCAGAGGCUGAGUUCGUCCAGAUUGACAGAGGAAUGGUGAUCUACGUGUGCUUUUUCAAAGGAGCAACAGAAGACCUCCUGCCAAAGAUGGUCUCCAGCCUGCUGAACCUGCGCCUGUGCGAGUCCGACUCAGGGAAGCUGGUUUCGGUGUUGGAGCUUCCCGGCAGCCUGCUGAUCGUGCCUCAGGCCACGCUGGGUGGAAGGGCCAAAGGCCGAGGGAUGCAGUACCACAACAACACCGGCAAAGAGGACGGGCUGCGGCUCUACAGCGCCUUCAUUUCCCUGUGCGAGAGGGAAGUGAUGGCGGCCGCUGCAUCUGUGGGCAGAGCUGAAGUGACAGUGAAACACGGGACGUAUGGAAACAGACAAGUGCUGAAGCUGGACACAAACGGACCAUACACACAUCUGAUGGAGUUCUGAGGUGGAGCAAAAUAAAGCAUGGGUUGAGUCA